UUCUGCUCCGAUGCUACCAGAAAUCAUUGAGGAAAAUAACCCUUAAUCUCUCUCUCUCUCUUCCCCCAGCCUCUCUAAAUCCCUUAACUCCGUUCUCCAGCGGGAUUUACCAAUCCCGGAUUUAAGGCCAAACGGAGUAAAAACGGGAAUUCAGAACCUGUAGGAUUUACGAAAGCUUUUUUUGCCGUUGGUCAGGAUUUAACAUAAAGCCUGUUUGAAUCCUGCUUCAAAACCGGCCACGAAUUCCAUGUCUCUUCUCGUUCCUUGCACCAUGGUGCAAGCAGCAGAAAGUGAAGAAACCCUAGAGAAGCUCCUCGAAGCAUCGAAAAGACCAGAGGGCCGUUCUCACCUUGCCACCGCCGGAACCCUUGUUACUCUCCUCAACCGUCUAUGUAAUACUCUUCCUGAUGACACCUUACUCAUCUUCAGAAUUCUUAGAAACCUCUGCGCCGGUGAGACCGACAACCAGAACGCCUUCCUUAACAACGGUGGCUCGGUCGUCGUGCAGGCCAUCCUCGGCUUGUCCAUUGCAACGUCGGAGAUCCGUCGGGUCGGGUUGCAGCUUCUAGGGAACGUCGCAUUGGCAGGGGAGGAACAUCGUGCGGCUGUGUGGGCUGCCUUCUUUCCGGUGCGGUUCUUGGAGAUUGCAGAGUUUAGGGAAUCGGAGGUUUGCGAUGCCCUAUGUAUGGUGUUAGACACCUGUUGCUCGUCAGAUGGUGGGCGCCGAAGGCUUGAAGAGCUUUGCGAUGAUGAGAAAGGAAUGGUCACGGCGGCUUUCACUGGUGGUUAUGAGGAAGAGUGGCUAGAAUGGCUCCUUACUAAAAUAUGUAUUGAGGAGCCAUACUUUUUACAUCUAUUUGAAAAGAUAGGCCCCACUUCCGAUGAUUAUGGCCGAGCUGAUAAAAAGUAUACCUUAUUUUCGUCCACUCAAGCAUUUCUUCUCAAACUUUUAUCAAAAUGCCUUAGCGAAAGGCCUGGAGACAUCAGCAUGUCCAAUGAUUUUGCUCUUAGCAUUCUAAAAAUUUUCAAGGAAGCCACUAAUGUUACAGAUUUCUUUUCAAGAGGAACCUCUGCUCUUCCCACAGGUUUCCCCACAAUUGACGUGCUUGGUUAUUCUCUCAUGAUUUUGAGGGAUUCUUGUGCCUGGGAGGAUCAUUCUUUGGCAGCUUUAGAAGCCCCGGUAGAAUCAUUGCUGUCAGCUGGUCUCAUGGAAGUUGUCUUAAUUUCUCUCGAAGAACUGGAACCGCCCUCGAUUGUAAGAAGAUCAGUUGUUACAGAGGGUAAGAAGAUGUGCCCUUACAGAGGGUUUAGGAGAGAUUUGGUUUCAGUGAUAGGUAAUUGCUUGCACAGAAGGAAGGAAGUUCAGGAUAAGAUCAGGAUGAGGAAUGCAAUACCUUUGCUAUUACAACAAUGUGUUCUUGAUGAUGAAAAUCCUUUUCUGAGAGAAUGGGGGCUGCUGACGGCUAGGAAUUUGCUCGAAGGAAAUUUUGAAAACCAGCAGUAUGUGGCAGAACUUCAGCUGCUAGAUUCUGUCAACACGCCAGAAAUUUCAGGACUUGGACUGAAAGUGGAGGUAGACAAGAGCACUAAUCGUGCAAAACUUGUCAAUAUUUCUUAGUACCUUCAGCCAUCGCAAUGGGACUUUUGAACUUUGCUUAUUCAGCUUAUUUCUCCCACUCCCUAUAAAUCCAAGCACAAGAUUACAGUUACAUAUUCUCUUUGUGUGUCUCUAUGUAGCAAGGAAAAAAGAAAUCUUUUUGAUGUAUAUUUCUGAAAAACCAUGAGCGUGGCAAUUAAGUUCAAAACCAUUUCAUUUGAAAUCUAUAAAUAAGGUGUUUAGAGGCUUCAAGGAUUUCUCAAUUAGGAAUUUUUCGAAAUCCGAUAAAUUUGCCCAUCAAGGUAUCGAAACUUUAUGUCCAGAUCCUUGCAGGAAAAUGUGUGGGCACUAAACUGAAGAUUUUGUUCGAGAACAAGUCCAGGUGAUCCCAUAAAUGUUUCACACUAAAUAAUCUUUUGAUAAAGGUUCUCAAGCUUCUUUGAUUUGAUUAAAGGCCUCAGGUUAAGAUGUUUUUAUGUUUCAUACAUUCUAAUGUUUUAUGUUUUCCUUUCAG